GAAACGGCCACUUGAUGUUGAUGAGCGCCCAGAACGGGGACCUUAAGACUCUCCGAGGUUUGGUGGAGGGAGCCAGGUGCGACCUGAAUUUCCACGACAGUUUCUACUGGACGGCAAUGAUGUGCGCAGCCUACGCUGGGCAGCUGGAUGUGGUGAGGUACCUACUGAAGUGUGGGGCUGCCUGGGUCGGCGUGUGCAAUGCCACAGGGCAGGACGCUUUGGAGUUGGCCCAACAGGCCGGGCACGCCGAGAUAAUCUCAGCCCUGGAAGAGUUUAACAGACAACGGCAAGAGCGAGAGCACAGGGAGAGACCGAAGGUGAAGAAAUUCUGUCUGGUUUGUGAAGUGGAGUACAAGGAGGCCAGCGUGAGCGAGCACGAGAGAUCCACACUCCACCUGUUCAACACAAGGAACCCUCCCGCCCCUACGUUCUACUUCAUCCCGGAGACUAACCGCGGCUUCAAAAUGAUGCUGCGGGGCGGCUGGGACAGGGAGAAGGGGCUCGGGCCAGACGGGUCGGGGCAAAAAUUCCCCGUCAAGACGGUCCUGAAAAGAGAUCAGAGGGGGCUGGGAUUCCAGAGCGACUUGAAGGCAAAGGUGACACACUUUGAUGCUGGUGAUGAAGGAGCAGUGAAGGGGCCGGAGGGCAUGCCUGUUCGAGUGAAGAGAGCGGCUACAAUGAGUAGGAGGGAACAGAGGAGGAAGGAGGCGAAGGAGAGGGCGUGGGAGCGAGACUUGAGGACGUACAUGAACCUUUGAGAACUGUUAUUGAUGAUUUCAGAGGGUGUGGAUGGGUGAGGGAAAUGUAUGGACAAUUGCGCAAAUCUUCUCUCUUAAUCUUAAUCUCUUAAUCUUCUUAAUUCUUCUCCUUGCAAGUGAGAGGAUCCGAGUUCAGUUCUCGGGCGGAACAAAAGCUUGAGUAGUUUCCUUGCCUCACGCGCCUCUGUUUACCGCGCAGCAAGUCGGAGCCCAGUUAUUAGUCGAUUGGCGAGAUAAGAAUCCCUUAAAAAAAAAAUUGGGCCAUUCAAUCCACGGCUAUUUGUUCUUUCUUUGACUUCCUUCAGAACCUUGAAUCUCUGACCUUUGAAUUUAUGUAUCUUUCUGUCUCUGUCUGCGUGUGUGUGUCUGUCGCUCUCGCUCUCUCUGGCUGGUGCCACUCGCUCUCUUUUGGCUCUCUUUCUAACUUAACUUGCAAAUGUAAGCUUCCUCGUGGUGCUGUGCGAGUUUAUGGGCUUGGUAUCUGGCGCUGGGGAUAAAGAGGGUCCCCUGUUUGGAUUUCCUUUGUAAUGUCUUUUUGUAAUGGAUCCCAGUAAAACCUCUACACAAACAGA